AUGUCGAUCUGGAGACACCUCAGGAGCCAGCUGAGUUUAUUUGCAUUGCUGGAGAUUAAGAUCAAGUCCUACUGCAACUGGAUUUGUCAAUCAUUAGCAGAAAGCUUUGCACCUGGUGUUCCCAUUGACUGCAAAUUUCACAAGAAACAGAAGAGCUAUAAAUCACCCUCCAGUGAAGAAUUUCAGUCACUUCCACAACCACCUGAAGAAGGACAGAAGAAACUUCUGAUCUUCCUGAAACCAAAAGAGAUGAUUCUGGCAGUGGUGUUCCUGUGUCUCACAGCUGUGCUGCCUCCAUCCACUGGAGAGGAACCUGAAGGUCUCGAUGCUCUGUCACCUAGCAGAGCAGAUCAGCAAAAGCUGAUUGUUGACAGACAUAAUGCCCUCAGGAGAAGUGUACAGCCAACGGCCAGCAACAUGAUGAAGAUGGAAUGGAGUCCUCUGGCUGCAAAGAAUGCCCAAAAAUGGGCCAAUCAAUGUACUUUAGGCCACAGUCCUCCUAAUCAGAGGACUACUGACGUACUAUGUGGUGAAAACCUCUUCAUGUCAUCUGCCCCAUUCUCAUGGUCAAAUGUUCUUCAGGCCUGGUACGAUGAGAAGAAAAAUUUCAAAUAUGGAACAGGAGCAAAAACAAAAGGUGCUGUGAUUGGCCAUUACACUCAGCUUAUCUGGUACAACAGUUACCAGGUUGGAUGUGGAGUUUCCUACUGUCCUAUGAGCUCAUACAAGUACUUUUACGUUUGCCAGUACUGUCCCUCAGGAAAUAACGCAAUGCAAAUAGCUACACCUUACAAAAGUGGACCAAAAUGUGCAGAUUGUCCCGGCCACUGCGACAAAGGGCUUUGCACCAAUCCUUGCAAGUAUCAAGACCUCCUUGCCAACUGCAAAAAUCUGAAAACAUUGUUUGGCUGUGGCCACUCUCUGAUGAAGCAGAAGUGUCCUGCAAGCUGCAAAUGCACCACUCAAAUCAUAUAA